AGUUUCCCGUGCACUCACCCCACCUAGCGACGGUACUGCAAUGUACUUUGAACUUUACACCAGAAGCGAAGAAGACUAACAACUGCCAAGAUGAGCCAACCCUUGAGCGGCAGGAUUGCUGUAGUUACGGGUGCGUCCCGUGGGAUCGGGAAGGGCAUAGCUCUUCAGCUGGGAGAGGCUGGAGCAACAGUUUACAUCACAGGUCGUACCAUGCAGCCGGAUGGGAGGGGGACGUCACUGAUGGAGUGUGCGGAGGAGAUUGAGAAGCGGGGAGGGAAGUGCAUCCCUGUACAGUGUGACCACGAGAAGGAUGAAGACAUCAAGAAGUUGUUUGAAAAGGUGAAACAAGAGCAGAAUGGACAGCUGGACAUCCUUGUCAACAAUGCCUACAAGGCCGUGGGGGCUCUUACAGAUUCAGCUGCUGGGAAGAAAUUCUACCUUCUUCCCCCAGAAUUCUGGGAUGAUGUCAACAAUGUAGGACUGAGGAACCACUACAUCUGUUCUGUGUACGCUGCACGGCUCAUGGCACCACAGAAGAAGGGUCUCAUUGUCAACAUUUCCUCUUUUGGGGGCCUGGGCCACGCCAUUCAAUCUGUCUACAGUGUUGGCAAGGCUGCAUGUGACCGCAUGGCAACUGACUGUGCCGUUGAGCUGAGGAAGGACAACGUGGCCUUUGUCUCCCUCUGGCCGGGGGCAGUCAGGACUGAGAACAUCUUGGACAUGCUCAAGAAAGGACCCAAGGAAGAUCCCGAGAGGGAUCAAGAUACUUUAGGGGGAGUGAAGAUGGACAGAGAAGCAGUAAAGAGGAUGUUUGAGAUGGGAGAGACUCCAGAGUUUGCUGGCAAGGCUGUUGUCCAUCUUGCUGCUGACCCAAACAUCAUGCAGAGGUCUGGGAAGAUCCAGUGUACUGCAGAGUUGGCAGAGGUGUACGGCUUCAAGGACAUUGAUGGGAGACAACCACCAAAUUUCCGGCGCAUCAAGGAUGCCCUCUCCAUGUUUGGGUACACACGCCUGGCCGCUUGGAUCCCAUCCUUCAUCAAGAUCCCAUACUGGCUUCUCGUGGUCGCCACACAUAAAUUUUAGUUUAUUAUGACUGUGUUUCUCCCCAACAACACAGGCAGUGCUGUUGGAGAUGUAGUAAAUGGUUUAUUGGUAAAAACACAGCACAAAUUGGCCUUGUGGUAUACACUGAAUGGAGCCAAAUUUUACACUCCACAUACUCAGUAAAACUAGCAUUGUAGGCUAAUAUAGUACAUAAUUAUAUAUUACAAUGUAUAUUAUACAAGUAUAUACAAGUAACGUUUGAUAAUGUAGACAUGGUUUUCCAUACUAUAAAUAUAGCGUGGUGGUUUAACAUCAUAGAUAUUAAAAACAGCAUUAUUGUAAACAGCGUUAUUGUACACAAUCAGCAGUGUCACACUAUCUCUGUCAUUAAAUGACGACCUUUAUUGCACAUUUUUGCCUCACUGGGCUAUUUUAGUAAAAGAUCACAA